AUGACGUGCUACCGGGGCUUCCUGCUGGGCGGCUGCCGGCGCGUGGCGGGCGGCCGGGCGGCGCUGCGGGCUCCGGGCGCGGGCGGCGGCGGCCGGCGGCGCCUGGGGCAGGGGCCGGCGGGCGAGCUGGCGGGCUGCGGCCGGCGCCCCGACGGCGGCUUCCGGCCGUCCCGGGUGGUGGUGGUGGCCAAGACCACCCGCUACGAGUUCGAGCAGCAGCGGUACCGCUACGCGGAGCUCUCGGAGGAGGACCUCAAGCACCUGCUUGCCUUGAAAGGCUCUAGCUACAGUGGACUUCUUGAACGCCAUCGUAUUCACACCAAGAAUGUAGAGCAUAUUCUAGACAGUUUACGGAAGGAGGGCAUUGAGGUUCGCCUGGUGAAGAGGAGAGAGUACGAUGAGGAAACUGUCCACUGGGCGGAUGCCGUCAUAGCUGCAGGAGGUGACGGCACAAUGCUUCUGGCAGCAAGCAAAGUGCUGGACAGACUUAAACCGGUGAUUGGCGUGAACACGGAUCCAGAACGGUCUGAGGGUCAUUUGUGUCUUCCUGUUCGCUACACACAUUCCUUCCCAGAAGCCUUACAGAAGUUCUAUCGUGGUGAGUUCAGGUGGUUGUGGAGGCAGCGUAUCAGGUUAUAUCUUGAAGGGACUGGCAUCAAUCCCAUUCCUGUGGACCUUCACGAACAGCAGCUAAGUUUGAGUCAACACAGUAGAGCCUUCAAUAUUGACAGAGUUCAUGAUGACAGGCCCGAGGCCUCAGGGCCCCAGCUUUUGCCGGUGAGAGCACUAAAUGAAGUAUUCAUUGGGGAGAGUCUGUCAUCCAGGGCUUCCUACUAUGAGAUUUCAAUUGAUGAUGGCCCCUGGGAAAAACAGAAGAGUUCAGGGCUCAAUCUGUGCACUGGAACAGGAUCAAAGGCCUGGUCAUUCAAUAUUAACAGGGUUGCAACUCAGGCUGUGGAAGAUGUUUUAAAUAUUGCAAAACGACAAGGAAGUUUAAGUCUUCCAUUGAACAGAGAACUGGUAGAGAAAGUAACAAACGAAUAUAAUGAAUCGCUGCUCUAUAGUCCGGAAGAACCAAAAAUACUUUUCAGUAUUCGAGAACCAAUAGCAAACAGAGUUUUCUCAAGCAGCCGCCAGCGUUGUUUCACCUCCAAGGUCUGUGUCCGUUCUCGCUGUUGGGAUGCCUGUAUGGUUGUGGAUGGAGGCACUUCUUUUGAGUUUAAUGAUGGAGCAAUUGCUUCAAUGAUGAUCAAUAAAGAAGACGAGCUUCGAACUGUGCUUCUAGAACAGUGA